CUCAAAGGGAGGAACGAAGAGAUGAAACCAGACCCGUUCCUACGCAAGAGCCCCUCCCUGGAAUCGCUGAGCAAGCCCCCCAACCUGGCCUUCGCCGGACGGAUGUUCACGUCCACGCCCAGCGGUUUGAAACCACCCAGCAAACUCAGUGUGGAAAGGAAAGACCCGUUGGCUGCGUUGGCGAGGGAAUAUGGCGGCUCGAAGCGGAACGCGCUCUUGAAGUGGUGUCAGAAGAAAACCGAGGGGUACCCAAAUAUCGACAUCACCAACUUCAGCAGCAGCUGGAGCGACGGCCUGGCUUUCUGCGCCCUCCUGCACACCUACCUGCCGGCUCACAUCCCUUAUCAAGAACUCAACAGCCAAGACAAGAAAAGGAACCUGCUCCUCGCGUUCCAAGCGGCAGAAAGCAUUGGAAUCAAACCCAGUUUGGAGCUGAGCGAGAUGAUGUACACCGAUCGCCCGGAUUGGCAAAGCGUGAUGCAAUACGUGGCACAGAUUUACAAAUAUUUUGAGACUUGAGGUGGAGGAGGAGGAGGAGGAGGAGCAGAGGAGGGAGAAAGAGGAGGAGGAGGAAGAGGAAGAAGAAGUUUGAGCCACUGAAAGAAUACCACCGAAGAAGCACUCAAUCACUUUAAAAGAUCCCCUUUUUCCAUUGAUUCCUGGUCGGCAAAAGAUGGCUCGUGCCAGAUGCCAAGAUGGCAGAAUGAGUCCCUUCAUGGCUGGGAACUUUUUCCAGGGCCAGACACCCAACUGUGCCAAAAAAAAAGAUACUCAAAGCCAAGAGCCCAACUUGGGCGCCCAAGGACUCUUCACGUCGCAUACAAAUAAUUCUCGUUCAUUAUUUUCUCCUCUAAAACAGCGCUUCCAUUUUGCCUCGUCCUUAAGCGGGUUUUCUCCCAGUAGGAACCCUUCCUCAUUUCAGUUCUCAGCUCCUGGUGGCUGAGAACUCUGCAGAAACGCAGGAACACCCUUGCCAGCCGUAUCCUAAAGGGCGCCUUUCUGAAGGUUUCAAAUGAAACAGGCUACAUCUGGAUUAGAACCGAGACCUCGUUGAACGG